ACCUGUCGGACGUUGUGAACAAAAGUGCUCGUAAGUGAAUUUACUGGUUAGAUUGUGGCGGUUAGUGCGCGUUUGUGUGUGUGGUAGUGUAGUGCAGUGUAGCGCCUUGUUGUUGUAGCAAUGCCAGUGAGCACACAUAUUGCAAAUGAAAUGGCUACAUAGCGCUUUGGGCCAGUGCGAAUGAAAUGGCCAUAAACGGAAAGGUGUAAAUUUAAUAAAUGGAAAAAUGAAAGAAUGAAAAUUUUCACUUCAAGUUUCAAUGAGAAAAGUAAAUGCAUAAUUCAAUAAGUGUUUGGGAAAAAGUAAAUGCAUAAUUGCUAGUAUUGGAAAAAUAAAUAAGCUGGUGUAGAAAAGUGUUAAAAGAUUCUGCAAAAGUGUUGAAGAAUUGUUGGUAACGAAAAGUAUUGCUUCGCGCAGCCCGGCAGUCCGUCAUCGUUAACGAAUUCGCUGGCACUUCUCUUGUUUUUGCUGCUGUUGUUGUGUUGUGAGGCGAAAUAGGUUUUAAGACCAACUUAAAAAGCAAUAGCAAUAACAACAACAACACUGGCGCAUAACAAAAUUAAAACAACAACAAUAAUAAACCAGUUUACAGCGCCUGAAUGCAAUAUUGCUUAGAAGUGUAAAUGUGUGUUCUUCAAGACUGACUUUUGUGUAAUGCUGUCGUAAGCGAAAUAAUGGAAGUUGAAAAAUUUAAAGCAAAAUAUAAAAAUAAUUAAAUAAAAAACAUAAUAAAAUUAAAAUAAACAAAAAUUAAAAUUAAAAAUAUAAAGUGAAAAAAAAAUUAAAAUUAAAAAUAUAAAGUGAAAAAAAAAUUAAAAUAAAAAUUUAAAAUAAAACACAAAUUAAAAUAAAGUUAAAAAAUUAAAAUAAACAACAAAUUAAAAUAAAAUUACGAAAAAAUAAAUAAAAAAUCCCAAAAAAUUAAAUGCAAUAAAUAACAAAAGAAAUAAAAUUUAUAACAACAACACCUACAACCGUUAUCAACGUAGCAAUAGUAAACGUGAAACAGUUGCAAAAUUUAACAACAAUAACAACAAAGCGCAACAUGCGCUUCAAACCGAGCAAUACAAUUGCAGUAAUUGGAAUGCACACCGUUGCGUGCAGCAGCGCCGUCGACAGCAGCAGCGACAGCACUAUGUCGACAACAACAAAAAUCAACACAACAAUGGCAACGGCAACGACAAGGGGGCAAAGGGCAAGUGACCAGCAACAAGGUUGCGCAAAAUAUGCGACACAGCGCGCUUGUGGUAGCAGCAGCGCGCAACGGAACUUCACUUGCGCAGCGGCUACGAAAGCGCAAACGCCGCGAACGGAAUCCGCAUACCGCCUGACAGCAUCCUUCACGCCCCGUUGCCUGUUACUCGCGUUGCUGCUUUGUUUCACACACGCUCUAGGUUUAAUUCAAUUAGUGCACGCCGCCUCGUCCGGUGUUACAAGUACGGAGGCAUAUUUCAAUGGUUCGGCCUACCUGCGACUGCUGACACCGAUGCCAAUUUGGGAUCAUUCCGCCAUAAGUUUUCGCUCCUGUCGCGGUGGUGAAAUUUUAGCUCAACAAUAUAAUAAGAACUCUUUCGUCAUCACUGUGCUGAGUGAUUUUCUGCAAGUCUCACUGGCCGGUCCGGCGGUGAUUGGCCCCAAUAACCGUUUAGAUGUUAAGCUACCCUACCACUUACUCGACAAUCACUGGCACACGCUACAGUUCAAGUACGAAUAUGGUAAUCUCUACUUGUACAUCGAUCGCACGUCGUUAGUUUUCGCGAAUUCCACGUAUAACAGCCAAUUUCUGACUAAUCAAGAUAUCGGCAAUGAGGCGGCUAUUUUAAUAUUGGGCAACUCAUUUAGCGGUUGUCUACAAGAUGGACCCGGUUUGCUCUUCAUCAAUGGCUCUGUGCAGAAUGUCGUCUACGGUCCUUGUCCGUUGAGUACCGGUCCGUGUGGCGAUCAUGAUACACUCAUGCUUGGACAAGAUAAUUAUUGCUCAAAUAAUCCGUGUAUGAGUCAUGGUCAGUGUAUACCGUUAAAUGAUGGUUACGAAUGCCGUUGUACGCCACGUUACACGGGUAAGAACUGUCAAAUCGAUAACGGUUCACCGUGUGCGCGUAAUCCCUGCGCGAAUAGCGGUAACUGUACCGAAGACGUACGCGGCGAUUAUCAGUGCAAAUGCACAACGAAUUACAGCGGACGCAAUUGUGAAACGGAAAUCAAUGUGCAUCCCGCCUGCCAACCGAAUCCGUGUUUAAAUAACGGCGCUUGCAUUGUAGCGCCGGGUUCGACGAAAGUCGAGUGCGAAUGUGCCAAAGGUUAUGCGGGUGCGCGCUGUGAGAAUGAUGUGGACGAUUGCGCUUCGCAACCUUGUCUAAAUAACGGACGUUGCCUGGAUUUGGUGAAUGGCUUCACAUGUGAUUGCCGUGACACCGGCUUCACGGGUCCAAACUGUCAAACGAAUAUCGACGAAUGCGAGGGCAGUCCGUGUAAACAUGGCGGUCGUUGUUACGAUCGCUACGGUUGGUUCAUCUGUCAGUGUCCCGAUGGUUGGGCCGGCGAGACGUGCGAGGAGCCAACGAACUGUAAGACGCAACAGUGCUUGAACGGCGGCACCUGCGUGAAUAAGACGAUCGGCUUCUAUUGUCAGUGCGCGCCCGGCUAUAGCGGUGAACUGUGCCAGCAGAGCCCACCGUGUCCGCAGUGUCCCAUCGACUCGGAGUGCAUUGGAGGGAAGUGCAUAUGUAAGCCAGGCACAACGGGCCCAAUUGGCCAUUGUUUACCAAUACCGACAACACCGCCACCACCACCAACAACAACAACAACGACGACCACAACAACAAGUACAACAACCGCAGCGCCACCACCAGCCAAUUUGGUGGUUGCUAAUGCAGCAAAAACAACAGCCGCCGCGGCAACAGCAGCAGCUACAACAACAACAACAACUGCUACUGCAGGACAACUGACAGCGAACUUAACAGCACCAACAACCACAACAACAACCGCAACAAUGACAACAGCUAGAAAUAUUGCAACAAACACGGCAACAACAACAACAACAACAGCAACAACAAAAACCACACAUAAUCCGCUAUUAUCACAUUUGGCUCAAUUGAAAGCAUGCCCCCCCGAUAAUUGCUUGAACGGUGGCACUUGUAGUGGCAGUGCUUCAAAUUUUACUUGUUUAUGUGCUAGUGGAUACACAGGUUACAACUGCGAACUGCCCGUCACAGAUGGUCCGACGAAUGUGCCAUUGACCGGCAGCGGCGGCGCCGUCGGCAACAGUCCCAUCAGCGCCGCAGUCAAUUGCAUCAAUGGCGGCAAGUGUUUGAAUGGUGGCACCUGUUCAAUGAAUGGCACACAUUGUUAUUGUGCCGGUGGCUUUUCGGGCGAUCGCUGCGAGAAAGCCGAACCUUGUACGGCGCUCAAUUGCCAAGAGCCAAUGGUAUGCCAGUUGAAUAAGUGCGUUUGCCCGGAGAAUAAGAUUUGCACGGCUUGCUCGGCACAGCCGUGUCGCAAUGGUGGCGUCUGUACGGAUCUGUCGAAUGGCGAGUACACGUGCAGCUGUACGUCUGGCUGGACGGGUCGUACGUGUACGAAGGAUGUGGAUGAGUGCGCCUUGGAUCCGAAUAUUUGUGGCAAUGGCAUUUGUAAGAAUGAAGAGGGCUCGUACAAGUGCUAUUGUACGCCCGGUUUUACGGGUAAACACUGUGACUCGGAUGUGGACGAGUGCUUGAGUCAUCCGUGUCAGAAUGGCGCGACCUGCAACAAUAAGCUGUUCUUUUUUAAAUAUGGAAAACAUCGGAUUUUGAGACAAAUCAACGCCUACGAAUGCGUUUGCCAGCCCGGCUACACCGGCAUAAAUUGCGAAAUCGAUAUCAACGAAUGCGACAGCAAUCCCUGCACGAAGGGCUCGACUUGCAACGACAUGAUCAACAAUUUCACCUGCUCCUGCAUACCUGGCAUGACGGGCCGCUUCUGUGAGAAUGACAUAGAUGACUGUAUCUCGAUGCCUUGUCAACACGGCGGCCAUUGCAUAGACGAAUUGGGCGGCUUUCGUUGCGAUUGUGCUAACACGGGUUAUGAGGGCCAACUCUGUGAGUUAAAUAUCGAUGAAUGCGAAUCGCAACCCUGUCAAAAUGGCGCUGCUUGCAUAGACGAUGUAAAUGAUUACCGUUGCAAAUGUUAUCCGGGCUAUACGGGCAAGAAUUGUGAAAUCGAUAUUAAUGAGUGCGAAAGUAAUCCGUGCUUGUAUAACGGUAAUUGUUUGGAACGUUCGAAUAUGACACUAUAUGCGCAAAGUCAAACAACGGAUUUGCCAGAGUUCUUCAGGCACCAAUUCUCCUAUCAGAACGCGAGCGGAUAUGAAUGCGUUUGUGUACCAGGUAUUAUGGGCAAGAAUUGCGAGACCAAUAUUAAUGAGUGUGAAACGAAUCCGUGUGGCAAACAUGGCACCUGUAACGAUGGUAUCGGCACGUAUACCUGCGAUUGUGACCCGGGCUUCGAAGACCGACAUUGCGAGACCAAUAUCGAUGAGUGCGACCGGUAUCAACCCUGUGGCGCACACGGCACCUGUAUCGAUGAGAUCAACGACUAUACUUGCGAUUGUGAUGCUAAUUACGGCGGUAAGAAUUGUUCGGUGCCAUUGAUAGGUUGCUUGAGCGCACCAUGUCAAAAUGGUGGCAACUGCAAGCCAUAUCUAGUCAACGAAACCGAGCAUCUUUUCAACUGCACGUGCCAACAUGGUUUCCAAGGAGAUAUUUGUGAGAAGACAACAACGAUUUCAAUGGUUGUGAGUAGUUUAAUAACGGUGAAGACGCAACGUGAGGAGGGUUAUGAUAUAAAUUUACAAUUUAAAACCACAUUACCCAACGGUGUACUAGCUUUUGGCACAUCGAUCGGACACAAUGAACCCGUUAGCUAUAUAUUGGAACUGAUUAAUGGUCGCCUGAAUUUACACUCUUCGCUGCUUAAUAAAUGGGAGGGCGUCUUUAUCGGCUCUAAAUUGAACGAUAGCAAUUGGCAUAAAGUAUUCGUGGCUAUAAAUACUUCGCACCUGGUACUUUCAGCGAACGAUGAGCAAGCCAUCUUUCCCGUGGGUUCGUACGAGACCGCAAAUGGCAGUCAACCGUCAUUUCCGCUCACGUAUUUGGGCGGCACAAUACCGAAUUUGAAAUCAUAUCUACGCCAUCUGCCGCAUCGUCCGUCGAGCUUUGUCGGUUGCAUGCAGGAUAUUGUCGUUAACGGCAAGUGGAUCUUCCCCGAGGAGCAAGGCAACGAAAUAGAUACGAAUUUGACAAAUAUACAGGCCGGUUGUCCGCGCAGCGAGCAAUGCAUACCGAAUCCGUGUCAUUCGAAUGGCGCAUGCACGGAUUUGUGGCAUACAUUCUCGUGCACAUGUCAGCGGCCGCACUUCGGACACACCUGCGAAUACAACAUAACUGCCGCCACAUUUGGCCACGAGAAUACCACACAUUCUGCUGUUGUUGUGGAGACGAACGACUCGGCUCGUCGUGCCAUACGUUCCAUACUUGAUAUCUCCAUGUUUAUUCGCACACGCGAGCCCACUGGUCAGGUCUUCUAUUUGGGUAGCGAUCCCAAGAAGAUCACACCAAAGGGAGCAACUGACACUGGCGAAUCAUAUGUAGCCGCCGAACUGCAUGGCGGCGAAUUGCUGGUAAAAAUGCAAUUUAACGGCACACCCGAGGCAUACACUGUCGGCGGCAAUAAGCUUGAUAACGGCUACAAUCAUCUCAUUGAAGUGGUGCGUAAUCAGACGCUCGUACAGGUCAAACUCAAUGGCACUGAGUACUUCCGUAAAACACUCUCCUCCACGGGUUUACUCGAUGCGCAGGUGCUCUACCUCGGCGGACCACCAGUUGGCGAGCAAACACAAGCGCCAACAACCACAGGUACAGAUCCAGCGUCAGUGGCGCCCGAAGAGAAUGUCGUAAAUAAUGAGGUCGAUGAGAAGGACUACUUCAAAGGUAUCAUACAGGAUGUGAAAGUAAGCAAUGGCUCACAUACGAUGAUUGUUGAACUGUAUCCCUUGAAUGAAGAUGACUUGAUCUUGCCGCCCUCGUUUGGUGUGGUUACUAUCGAUCGUACAUCGGUACUGAAAGGUGAAGUAACCGAUGACUUGUGUCGUAAGAAUCCCUGCAAGCACAAUGCCGAUUGUCGGAAUACUUGGAAUGACUAUGUAUGUACCUGCCCGAAUGGUUAUAAGGGCAAGAAUUGUCAAGAGAUCGAGUUCUGUCAACUGGUCCAGUGUCCGGGUAACAGUAAAUGUCAGAAUCUCGACGAUGGCUAUGAGUGCCUGACGAACAUCACAUUUAAGGGCAAUGAAAAGAAUCCUUUGGCGUUCACUUACUUCGUAGAGCAAAUGCCGGAUGAACCGAAAAUGUUGGUGCAACCGGUUAUAGAGAUUGCCUACAGAACACGGGCUGGUGGCACAUUAUUUUUCAUAGAAAAUGGUGAGAGCUUCUUUGAAAUCGGCGUGAAUCAAGGACAGGUGACGGUUACUUGGAAGUUAAAUCAAGAGGCGUUUGGCGAUACCAAGCGCUUUACCAAAGAUACAUCCGAUCCCAGCCUUAUGGAGAUGACAAACGAACCCGGGUGGAACCGUAUUUAUCUACGCGCGCAAAGCGGCAAACUCGAGGGCGGUUGGAAGGGCUGGGAGAGCAUGGUCGAUCCGUCGCCAGCUUUCUCUGCAGACAUCGAUCAACAGGCUUUCCAAGAACUACUCUCCAGCGACACUCAGGUCUAUCUCGGUGGCAUGCCCACUGAUAGUCGGCAAGCGCGUGGCAGCAGUUCAGCACAGCAGGGCUCUCAAUUCAAGGGUUGCUUGGGUGAGGCACGCGUUGGCGAUCUCCUGUUGCCUUACUUCUCGAACGCCGAGAUGUAUCCACGCACUGAGAACGUUUCGGUGCAACCUCACUCACAAUUCCGUCUCAAUUCGACCAAACCGGAUGAGGGUUGUGUGCUGUGCUUUAAUACGGACUGCAAGAAUGGUGGUUACUGUAGCUCACCGUCCGAGCAGUAUGCCUGCACGUGUCUGCCUGGUUAUGAGGGGGAGGACUGCGGCACCGAUAUAAAUGAAUGCCUGAAUGCGACUUGUGAAAAUAAUUCCACUUGCAUUGACAAAGUGGCCGACUUCCAGUGCCGUUGCUUGCCGGGCUACGACGGUCGCUUGUGUGAGCAUAACAUUGAUGAGUGCGCCUCACAGCCCUGUCAUAAUGGUGGCAAUUGCACAGACCUAAUUGCCGCCUUCCAUUGCGAUUGUGCGGAGGAAUAUGCGGGUGUGCAGUGUGAUUUCUUGAAGCAGGUCACCUGCGAUAAUUUGCCCUGCCGCAACGGUUCGACUUGCGAGGAUGGAUUUAAUGCUAAUACCAACAACAAUUUCACGUGCAACUGCUUGCCUGAUUUCGAGGGACCCUACUGCGAUGUGCCUUUCUGCGAAACGACGCCGUGUCAAAACGGUGGUCUCUGCAUAUUCGCCGAUGCCUACACACCACUGUGUCAGUGCAGUUUGGGUUAUAUGGGUCACCUAUGCGAAAAGGAUAUCAAUGAGUGCGAACCCAAUCCAUGUCUCAAUAAUGGCAUGUGCCACGAUCUCAUCGGCGCUUAUCAGUGCAACUGCACCGGCACCGGCUUUGAGGGCAACAAUUGCGACAUCGAUAUCGAUGAGUGUGCAUCGGGCAUUGAGUACUGUGGCGGUUUGGGACGCUGCAUCAAUUUACCGGGUUCAUUUAAAUGCAUCUGUCAGGACUCCUUCUGCGGUGUGUAUUGCAACUUUACCGAUCCGUGCAAGAUUGGUGAGGGUUCACCGUGCAUGAAUGGUGGCAGCUGCCUGGAGGCAUGCGGCGAUGAAGCGGACUAUACGUGCACCUGCAAGGCCGGCUAUGAGGGCAAGGACUGCACGCUGGUGAUGGCCGCCAAAGAUGAGGGCCCCUCCACUGCCGAUAUCGCCAUCAUUGUUAUACCCGUGUUGGUGGUGUUGUUGCUUAUUGGCGCGGCGCUGUUGGGCACAUUCUUGGUUAUGGCGCGCAAUAAGCGUGCGACGCGCGGCACCUACAGCCCCAGCGCGCAAGAAUACUGUAAUCCGCGUCUAGAAAUGGAUAAUGUGCUGAAGCCACCGCCAGAGGAGCGUUUAAUUUAGUCGUUGAAAGUUAGUUAGCCUUCGUUUCUUUUUACAUUUUAUUUAUAGUUAAUGUUGACUUGGCACGUAAGUGAUGUAUGAAAGAAGUAAAACCGUUACUAUGAAGUCUUUAUCCGCCCAUUAAGUAUAGUUAGAGUCAAGAAUUAAGUGUUUAAGCGUACUAAUUAUGAAAUAUUGCUCACUAAAGCGGCUUGGAAGGCAUAAAGCGCUUUAAAAAUAUUACACUUGCUCUUAAUUUCAUGCAUUCGUUCGAUUUGAGCGAGUUGAAGCUAGCGUGUCCUAUCCUUGCGCCUGCUAAUAAGCAGAAAAGCUGCUUAAAAAAUGCAACCCUGGCCUGAAAAGUAAGGAAAAACAAUAUUUAGCUAACGGGUGUCAAUUUUUGGAAAUUUUGGCGUAGAUUUAGGGUAAAUAAAUAAAUUAAAAACUAUUUAACUUUAAAUAAAAUUAAAAUAUAUGUUUGAUAUAAUGUAACUAGUUAGCUCAGACAACCUGUUUAUGUGCUCAGUUCAAACACAGCGUACUUCAAUAGACAUAUACAUACAUAUUUAUAAUGUUAUGCAAAAAAAAACAUAAAAAAUAAUUAAACAAAUAUUUAUAGUUAUAUAGUUGUAAGGUUUAAAACCUCAGUAUUGUGUUUGAAUGCCAAGUGAGCAGUAAAAUUAUUUAAAAAAAAAUAUAUAUAAAAAAAUUUAUAUACAAAAUAUUAAAAAAUAUAUAUAUUUAAAACAAAAUUAGAAAAUAAUCGAAGAAAAUUUAAAAAAUAACAAAAAUGUUAAUAUUUAAAUAAAGCAAAAUUUAAUAUUUUAUGUUUAAAAAUUUUAAAAAUUAAUAUAUAAAAAUUUAAAAAUAAAAAUUUAUUAAAUUAAAAAUUAAAAUUAAAAAAAAAAUAAUUAAAAAUUAAAAAUUUUAUAUUUAAAAAUUAAAAUAAAAAAAUUUAAUAAUUUAAAAAUUAAAAAUCAAAAAAAUAAAAUGAAAAAUACAAAAUUUAAUAAUUUAAAAAUUUUAAAAAUUAAAAAUUGCCUACACAAUAUUCAAUUGUUGAUCAUUAUUGCGAAAAAAAAGAAAAAAACAAAAACAUUUGUGUAAAGCAAAAUCCUCACUGUGGACUUCCAAACAAAAGUGCUCUUGAAAUCAAAUUUAUGUAUUUGUCUAACUAAUUGUAAGCAUAAUUUAGCGUAUUUCCAAUACAUAAUGCGCGGUAAGCUAGAUACCACGACUACUACAAUUACAACAACCACUCGGUGGCCUUAUUUUGUGUAAUCGUAUACCUUUAAUUCAAUUCGCGUUACCGUUAUUUAGAUUUUUUAUCGUAUAUUUACUUAUUAUGUUAUACUAUACAUACAUACAUUUAUUAAAAAAAUACAUACAUACAUAUUUAAAUACGUUAACUUAAGAGACUGUAUUAUAUUAAAUCGACUAAUUUAUAUUUAAACUUAAUAAAGACCUUUAAACAUUACAA